UCUUCUGUACUGCACAAAUCUCUUGUCAUAGUUUUAUCUCCAAGUCUAGUAGCACAAACUCCACAAAACCAAAAAUGGCAGCCUCAGCAUCAUCCAUGAUAUCAACUCAUCAUGCCUUAUCAUCCACCAUCCAAAAGCACCAAAUCCAUCAUCACCUGAAGCCAUCCAACGUGUGCUUCCAAGGUCUGAGACCUCUCACGAGGUCCACAACCUCAACCAAAGUGAGCACCUUCACCCCCAACAAAAGGGUUGCUAAUGGGGUUGUGAGAGCAGAACUCAACUCUGCAUUGGUCAUAAGCUUGAGCACUGGCCUAUCCCUUUUCUUGGGUAGGUUUGUGUUUUUCAACUUCCAAAGGGAGAAUGUGGCAAAACAAGGUUUGCCUGAGCAGAAUGGUCUCACACACUUUGAGGCUGGAGACACACGUGCCAAGGAGUAUGUUAGUCUCCUCAAAUCCAAUGACCCUGUUGGCUUCAACAUUGUUGAUGUCUUGGCUUGGGGUUCCAUAGGUCACAUUGUUGCUUAUUAUAUCUUGGCUACAUCCAGCAAUGGCUAUGACCCUAAAUUCUUUGGUUGAUCUUGUUCCAUUAUGUGUUCCUUUCUCUCUUUAUCUUUCUUGGUAGUUUGUAAUGUGAUGUAUAGUUUCUAUGUAAGAUUCAACAAAUCCAGCACCUCAGGUUGUACUAUGCUAAUUUGGUUUGGGUAGCAGAUGCUAUGAUUAAUGGAAAAUGGGACUUCUCUCUAUGUUGAAUUA